AUGGGUUCCAAGUUCUCUGAGUUCAUUCACUUCCAGGCCCGGGAUGAUAUGAGAAAGGUUGCAUACGGCAAGUUCACAAUAGAUGAGAGGCAAGGGUACUUAAAGGCGCUCACCGUCCUUGACUGUGACAAACAAACUGGAGGUGUAAAUUUCUAUAUAAUCAAUGUCAAGGCCACGAAUAGACACGCCCCGAACAAGUAUUCUGUGCGCACACUAAAACUGUUCCUCACUGACGCAGAUGACAAUGCCCCGGUGUUUUCCGAGGGAUUCUACAGAAUCAAUACUGGUUGUCCCACGAAGGACGAGGAACAGGUGCUAUUAACUUUUAACGUCACUGAUUAUGACGUCACGUCUGUUUUGACGUUUACAAUGACACCUGAUAACAGCAAUUAUACCAGACUAGACAAAGCGAGGAGGGCGUUGGUGUUCAAACGUUUGCCGAACGGCACAACUGACCUCCAGGUGACCUUUGAGGUGAUGAAGGUGACAGCCUAUGACGUCAGAAAUCCAAAUCUUAACACGUCAGCUUACGUCAUGGUCUACUACAACGACUGUUCCACAAGUUCACAACGGCGGGGGAUGAGGAAGAAGGGCAGGAUGAGGAUUCCGAAACCGCCACCAGUUUGUGAGGUCAACGAGUAUGUCAAGGACCAAACAGUCGAGGACUACAUCUUUAAAGCCACGAGUGGAAUCCUUGGCCUCAUUCUCGUUUGCAUUGCAGCGUUCUACCUCUCGAAGAAAACUGUUUUUAAAUCAUCACCCUCGGUGAAUCCUUUGGAGGAAGUCCAGGAUGAGCCAGAAGAAGAAGUUAAAGAGAAGAAAGAGCACGAUAUUGAUGAUCAACCAAAUGUCAUAUUUGUGGGCCCGAAGCCUGAUGAAAAGCCACGUUCAAAGCAAGCUCCAGAUAUAUCCUACAUGAAUGAGUGAAGUGCCGCGGCUGAUGCUAGAGACGCCGGACGUUGUAGAAGCAGAAUAUGUUUGAAGUUCAGGUGGUGUUCAAUGAACUCAAGAGUGUGAGAUGUGUCGGGUGGGGCAUUAACUGUGAACCCCACUGUCGGAUCUCUGGGAGUGCAGUGGUGUGGACCUCCUUUUGCAGACACCUUUGUCAACUGCACCCUCUCACCCUGCCAAGUCUCUCCCCGAUAUGGUAAUUGUGUCCAUCCAUCGUUUUUCAAAAGCCGGAUCCGCAUCUGCAAGAGCAGGAUCCGAGACAUCUGUUAGGGACGCAAGCACGGGAGACUAACAGAGUUGUUUCCCUUGGAUAUUCCCAAGUAUUCUGAAUUUCUCUGCUGUGAAUACAGGAUUGCAGCUGUCGGCUACUACUACAGCUACUACUGAUUCUACUGUUACUGCUGCAUCUACUUCUACAAGUACAUGAGCAGCUGUCUUAAAACAUUUCUGGUUAUAGCACAACAAAUGAGCAUUGAAAUAUGUAUAUUUUCUUACGCAGGUGUUUCUUUCAGGCUAAAUUAAUGUCGUGUCCGCUUAACGCAGGGAGUGAGUUUAUAUCAAUAUUUUGUGUUAACGAACAGAUGUGGAUAUUUAAAUGCAAUCGCAUACUAAUACAAACCAAUGUUCAAUAAUAUCAAUGAGAACAGACACGUGUAUUGAUAUAUUGGUUGGUUGGUUUGUUGUUUAACGCCGCACUCAGCAAUAUUCCAGCUAUAUGGCGGUGGUC